UUUGCUCUGGAAACUGUAUUAAAUUUUGUUGGUUCUGUUGUUGGCAGGCAAAAGACAAGGUUACAGAUAUCAGAACUGGUGAAAUAUACUUCAGCUAGACUCAAGGAAGCUAGUGAAGCCGACCACCAUGGCGCAGCUUCUCCAAUUAAGAAGAUUACGGAUGCUAAACUGGCAAAAGAUUUCCAGUCAGUUCUCAAAGAGUUUCAGAAAGUUCAGAGAUUUGCAGCUGAAAGAGAAAUUACAUAUACUCCUGUCGUCACGACAAAAGAUAUACCUACCAGCUAUAAUGCAGAGGAACUGGAUAUUGAAUCUUUAAGGACCUCCCAGCAACAAACUCGUCUUCUACAAUCAAGGCAAGAAGUAGUGUUUCUAGAUAACGAGAUAACAUUCAAUGAAGCAAUCAUCGAGGAAAGAGAGCAAGGAAUUAGAGAAAUUCAAGAACAGAUUGGUGAAGUGAAUGAAAUCUUCAAAGAUCUAGCUGUUUUAGUGAAUGAUCAAGGAGUUAUGAUCGAUGACAUCAGCUCUAACAUUGAUAACUCGCAAGCUGCAACUGCACAGGCCACAAUUCAACUCAGAAAAGCAUCUAAAACUCAAAGAGCAAACUCAUCUUUGACAUGCCUUCUUAUUCUCAUUUUUGGGAUUGUUCUGCUCAUUGUCAUCAUCGUUGUAUUGGUCUGAGCAUCAAAACUCCAAGCUUCAAUCUUCAAGCAUGAAACGAAGACUGAGUCAAGGAAACUAUACAAACUACCUAUUACAGAAAUAUCUACUGUACAGAUUAUUUUUACUCCCAUCAUUCUUCCCAUGUAAUGAAUUGAACCUCAACUUCUCAUUUGUGAAUCCAUUAUAUAGUAAUCCAUCUUACCAUUAGUGAUAC